CAGCCAGCGUAUACAGAGGUAGACAAAUGAUGAUGACACAUCUAUCAUAAGCGACUCAAAACAUUGCAGAAACAAAUAUCGUAAUUCAAUGUAAUCUCUGUAUUUGGUGCAAAAUUUUGGUGGUUCAUUAGUUUGUUCUCUUACCGUAGUUUAUGAUUAGAUCGGUAUUAGAAUGCUGCGAAUGGUUCGUAAUCCACUGCUAGGCCAACGCUUCAUCAGGAAAACGUUCUCAUUCUCGGCCGUCUCGAACAAGCAGUUCGUCAUAAAGGACCACUAUGAAUUCGAUCAGAAGGUUAUCAACAGUGACAAUCCCGUGAUCGUGAACUUCCACGCGGAAUGGUGCGAUCCGUGCAAGAUAUUAACGCCCCAAAUGACCAAAAUGCUCGGACCAUCGGAGGAAAUCGACCUAGCCAUAGUGAACGUGGACGACAACGCCGAACUGGUGCAAACGUUCGAGGUCAAAGCGGUCCCGGCAGUGCUAGCGUUCCGCAACGGGGUCGUGGUGGACAAAUUCAUCGGGCUGGUCGAUGCCAACAUGAUUGAGAAUUUGAUAGGGAAACUGGCUCGGAAAAAGCAACAGUAGCACAAAUCAGCACCAUCAGCAGCAGUGAAGGGGUAAAUUUCGGACCUCUUUACUGCGGCGAGACAACCGUGACCGGAAGACGGUUGGACAGGGAACAAGCUGUUUGCUGGGAGGGAGACAGGACAGGAAAGACACCAUACGUGUGAUGCUAUUUAUGUACAAUAAAUCGAAGGCAAUGCGGACCGUUGUGCUAAACUUUAAUUCGUUACCACUAAUAUGUCAAUAAAUUUAGGAUAUUACGGUAUUAAAACAA